AUGUACAAACAUAACUCCAUAGCAGCUUUUCUUAUGCUACUGCUACUACCGGUUCUGCUGCUGCUGCUGAUACUGCCACUGGCAAUCUCAAAUUCAAAGAGCAUAGACAACCAUCCUACUCCUAUACUCGGUACACUACUAGUCUCAGCCAUAGGUGAACGAGACUCCGGCGAAGAAGACGAUAUUGUCCAAUUUACCAUAGCGCGACCUACUCCCACACUAGCUGCUGCUGCUCAACUGCUGUCUCUAAGGUCAAAUUUGACUACUUCUGUUGCGUCAUCGCAAUCAACUGAAAACCAGAAUGAUCAAGAUGUGUUUAAGUUGGUGUUUACUGUAGGCUCGGAUGAUUCUUAUUAUAAUGCUCGUUUUCAAUUUGGUGAUAAUCUGCAACAAAACAGCAGCAACAGCAGCAGCAGCAGCACGAAUUCACAAGAGAUUGGGCUUCGAUUAGAUUUGAUUCAGCCGGAAAUAUGGGUCAUGAAUGGGGGUAAUUAUAAAGAAUGUGCCGAAAUUUAUGCAUCACGAAGUAGUAUCUUGAAUCAGUACCAGAGUGUGUCUAGUAUACCGUCAUCAGUUACUGAUAUUCCACUAUUCACUACCAAUUGCGCUAAACGAGGGUUAUACACUAGCUCAUCAGACUCUAUGCCCUUACCACUGGGUGUAGGCGAUGCUUCAAUCAAUAAUGGCGAUGCAUACACUAUCCCCUAUAUGAAUCAAAUUCAAGCUAGUGGGGAAUUUGUCACUGAUAAUUUCAAUUUCAAUUUAACUCUGGGUAACAAUUUCCAAAUGACAAAUUUCACUUUUGUUAAUGUUAAUGAUACAAGUAUGUAUGUUGGUGGAUUGGGGUUAGCUAGUUACCCCCGCGGUAAUGGAUUCCUAUCACGAUUAGUAUCACAAGACAUAAUCAAAUCACAAAGUUAUUCACUUUGGUUUAGUAAUUCAACUUCACCAGGUAAUGACUUAUUUGCCCAAUUGAUUCCUGGAGUCGUUGAUCAGAAGUACUAUAUUGGUGAUUUAUAUUCAGCUGAUAUGAUUCCUCAUUCGGGUAUGAGGUAUAAUUAUACUCAAUCAUCAGUUAAUGCAGAUUUAGCCAAUUUAAUCUUACCCAUAAUCAAUCUAGAUAAUAUUAAAAUUGAACGGAUAGAUACCGGUGAAAGUGUAUCUAUAAAAUCAGAUGAAAAUGAAGUAUUACCGGUAUUAUUGGAUUCAAGAAUCUUGUAUUCUUAUUUACCAUUAAAUGUAAUUAUUAAUUUGGCCAUACAAACAAAUGCAUAUUAUAGCUCCGAGGCUAAUAGGUGGUUAGUUGAAUGUGAUACGCUCACUUCAAAUGAAAAUGCCACGAUUGAGUUUGUUAUUGGAUCGGUUUUGGUGCAAAUACCAUUGCGUGAAUUCUUGGUUGAUGCCGUAUACCAAGGUUAUAAUUUACAAUUUGAAAGUGGUAAUAAGGCAUGUUUUUUGACAUUUUUAAGAACUGAUGCUGCGGGGUUUAAUUCUUUGGGAUUGCCAUUUUUGAGACAUAUUUAUCUUGUUGUUGAUAAUGAUGGAAAACAAGUGGCUUUAGCAAAUAGUAACAAGUUUUUACAAGUUGAUCAAUCGGAAUUACUUCAUUUGAACUCCAAUAAUAAAUUACCAACUUACAACUACUCAUCGAUAGCACCAGCAGCAAGAAAUAUAUCAUCAAUUGCGUAUAUCGAAUCAGGAACAAUACCAUUCGCAACAUCAAUGGCAUAUGCCAAUGUCGGUAACGUCACUACUGAAGCAAUAACGUUAUCGUAUUCAGAAGUUACUCUCAAUUCAGGUGAAACUGUAGCAUUGGAUAUUCCAGCUAGGUUGAGUGGUGCAUUGAUUAAAUCAGGAUCGAUUUUUGUGACUGGUGUUACGGCAAGUGCUUCAACAGUGCCCUCUAGUCAAGUUACAUCAAGUUCUCGGGGUGACGCUCCAAUUUUACAAAUUGUGGGGAUUGGCAGUGCUUUUACCGGUGGCAAAAUGGGUGUAUGGAUUAGUAUGAUUAGCAUACUAUUGGGGUUAUGUUUAACUAUGAUGUAA